AUGGACCAGCUCGACAUGUAUAUUCUCCCGCACCAACAGCUCACAUAUUACGAGAAGGGUGCACGCCAAGUUGACGCAGCUGGAAAGGAGGAGAAACGUGCUUACACCCUGUGUGUUGCUAGCACGGCUGCAGGAGAUAUCUUGCCAUUUCAACAAGUCUGGUCAGGCAAGACGAAAGCUUCUCUGCCGAAGACUAUAGCACCCAGUAUGGCGGAAGCUAAGGAACUUGGCUUCCACUUCACAUUUGCAAACAGUGCGAAGCGCACUAGUCAUUUCAGCACAAAAAAGACAAUGAAGGAGUGGAUGAUCGAGGUUCUCGAGCUAUAUAUCAGCAGCGUCAUCAAGGCUCAGAACCUUCCUCGUGAUCAGAAAGCAGUCCUUUUA